CAGCCCUUUGUGACAUCAGCCACUGAUGGCAUGGGCACCAUGGUGCAGUAGCCACAUGCCAGCUAAGCGAGGUUGAUGGAGAACUUUGCCCUGCCCACCGUUUCCCUUGGAGCCGUGCCCCGUGUUACCAGGACAAGAAGCUCAGAGGCCCCAUGUGCCUGGGGCCCUGACAGCCUGGCUGUCCCGCAGGGCAGAGAGCUCCCUGCCCGCUACUGUACCAUCUACCGGCCCUGGUUCUCACCCUACAGCUACUACAUGUGCACCAAAGGAGCCAGCCAGCAGCACCCGAGCAGCCCCUCCUCCAGCCUGGACACAAGCACGCAGGAGCCUGCAGAAUGCGAUGACCUCUCAGAAAUUGUCUGCUCCUCCUCUGGCUCCUCAGACAAUGCCCUGCUCACCAACAGGGACAGCUUGGCCAGCGACAAAGCCAGCAUCACGGUCCAGGACAUCCUCGCUGCUUCCCAGCAGCAGUCGGUGCCCCAGCGUGGCUACCAGUGCAUGUCAUGCUGCCGUGUCUUCCCCACACUCUGGUCCAUCAAGACCCACAUCCAGCACAGCUCCCGGGAGGGCUACAGCUGCAAGCUGUACUACCGACGGCUCAAGGCCCUCUGGGAGAAGGGGCACAAGGAGCUGGAGGCUGCAGCCACCGUGUAGUCCCGUUGGCUGGGCAGCCGCCACUGGAGGGCACUGCUCCAUCGCUCCCAACAGCGGCACAAUAAAUUGUUCUAAGAGCAGCUGGCCCUGCCUGCUGCUGCUCUUGCCUACACAACACCUCUGUCAACCUUCAAGAAAGGCUCUUCAUGAUUUUUCCUUCC